ACCAACAACAACAGCUCCAGCGUCAUCUCUGUCGGAGCAGCUCUUGCAGGGGCACAAGGAGGCGGGGUUAAACGUCGAGUGUCGUAUCUGUGGUGACAAAGCAUCUGGAUUCCACUACGGUGUUCAUGCCUGUGAGGGCUGCAAGGUCAGGGGUCAUUUUUGCAUUCAACUCAUACAAAUCUGUUAUUACAACUAAACAACCAGAAAAACACAUUUAAAUGUUUUAGUCAGUGAGUCUACAUGAUAUAAUCGUCCACAAAUCCAGCUCAGAUUUUCAGUCGUAAUUUGUGAAAAAUUAUUUUCACACAGUAUUGAAAUGGUUUGUUUAUUUCUGGCUUUGUUUAGAUUAUCAUAGUUUUAAAAAUGUAAUUUUUAUGGAUUUUUAUAUUUUAAGAUAGCAAGUCUGGGUAUGGGACAAGUGUAAAACAAUAAAAUCUAAGGAGGUCAUUGAAGGCAUUUGAAAAGUGUCAUAAAACUAAAGCAUGCUAAAAAGUUUUCAAGACAGUUUUAAUGUGACUAAUAUAACACAAGAAAAUAUAGCUGCAAACAUGAAUUAUCAGGGUUCAAGCAGUUUGGAAAAGUGGAGAAAAUGACCAAAAUUGCCAAAUUUGAAAGUAUAGAUCUGUCAGGGGCAAAGUCAUUACAUAGUGCUGUAGUGACUUGGUAGGUAUGGUGUUUGCCUUUUUAGUGUACUAGACCAACUGUCUAGUAGACCUUUUCCACCGAAAAUGGCAAUGGUUCUCGCGCCGAGCCUGUGCUCGGCUGGUUCACAGCCAGGGCAAUCUGGAGCCUAUCGUAAACCGGCCGUACUUUUCCACUGACUUGAAACCCAAAUGGUGACGUAAUGGGUUACGUGGCUACAUGGUAGUUUUACGUGACUACCUCAAACAUAAAUAAACAUGGUACAUCAAGUGUUUGUGUAGCCUACAGUUUUAAUUCCUGCUUUCUGAGGAAAUAUUUAAAACAUACAGAGAAGUGCAAUCCAACGUUAUUACAUUGCUCAACAAGAUUGCCAGAGACGAUAUUACGCCCAAGACGACAGGGAUUUUUCAGGAGGACGAUUCGUAUGAAGUUGGAAUAUGAGAGAUGUGAUCGCAACUGUAAGAUUCAGAAGAAAAGUCGCAAUAAGUGUCAGUUCUGUCGUUUUCAGAAGUGCCUCAUGCUCGGAAUGUCUCAUGAUGCAAUCCGAUAUGGAAGGAUGCCAGAGGCUGAAAAACGGAAGCUUGUUGCUGGUCUGUUAGCUGGGGAGAAAAGCUCACAGAACUCAAGCGGUUCAGAUCUCAAAUCUCUCGCCAAACGGGUGAACAACGCCUACCUGAAGAACCUCAACAUGACCAAGAGGAAAGCACGAAACAUUCUAAAGGGGAAGACCACCGGAAGCCCGCCAUUUGUAAUUCAUGACAUGGACUCACUGUGGCAGGCUGAGAAUGGUUUGGUCUGGAAUCAGGUGAUUAACGGAGCUCCGCCCAAUAAAGAGAUUGGUGUUCAUGUGUUUUACCUCUGUCAGUGCAGUACUGUGGAGACCGUACGAGAACUCACCGAGUUCUCCAAAAGCAUCCCAGGAUUCGUCAACCUUUUCCUCAAUGACCAGGUGACACUGUUGAAGUAUGGAGUCCAUGAAGCAAUCUUCGCAAUGCUUCCGUCGUUGAUGAAUAAGGAUGGGCUGCUUGUGGCGAAUGGGCGGGGCUUUGUCACGAGAGAGUUUCUACGCAGCUUACGAAAACCCUUCAGUGAGAUUAUGGAGCCGAAGUUUGAGUUUGCGGUGAAGUUUAACGCUCUUGAGCUAGACGAUAGCGACCUUGCGUUGUUUGUGGCAGCUAUUAUUCUGUGUGGAGAUCGUCCAGGACUAAUGAACGUUCAUCAGGUUGAGGAGAUCCAGGACAACAUCUUACAAGCCCUGAAUCAGCACCUGCAGAUCAAUCACCCAGGCACCAACUUCAUCUUCCCCAAACUACUGCAGAAACUCACAGAUCUGCGACAGCUCGUGACAGAGAACGCACAACUGGUGCAGAAGAUCAAGAAGACUGAGUCGGAGACAUCACUACACCCACUACUGCAGGAGAUCUACAGAGACAUGUACUGA